GUCGCUGGAAAUCUACCAUGACAGUUUACUUGGAAGACUUCUUACAUCAGAUUGUGAACUAUUUUGAAAUAUCAAAAUAUGACUUUAAAAUUAAAAUUUUGGAAUAUGGUCCAAUUUCUCGCGCCAAGAGUAAAUUCUUGACGUCGCGAAAAUCAGCAAAUACUGAAAUUUCAUCAUUAGGCAUUAAACGGACAAAAAUUAAAACCAAUGGGAUAUAUCUGAAGCCUGUGUUAGAGGAUGCUAUUGAAAUGCUUAAUGUUACGACGGAAAUCUAUCGAAAGAAAGUUAUUGUAAUCUUUUUAAAUAAUAUCAUAUUUGAUCAGACAGCGUCAUCAUGGUAUGCAAAAUAUAUGAAACAAACUGGAGUGGUGUUCUAUGUAGUGACGUCAUUUAAAAGAAGUUUAGACACUGCAAUGAAUCUAGCGUCAGAUCCCUGUAAAGCCUUUGUUGUUGAUGAUUACAAAUCUGGUAUGGAUGACGUCAUUAGUGACCUUGGAAAUAACAUUUGUCUCGUCUCUGAUCCACGACUCGCUGUAACUUCUGGUCCCGAUACACUUGGAAAUUGUAAUAUAGGAAUAUUGUACAAGCCACCGGAAACGGAAAUUCACUUUUUCUGUGCAAAAGAUGGACUAUUUCCAGAUCCUUUGAAUUGUGCGUAUUUUUUUAAAUGCACACGUGGGACAAGUGUUCAUUUAAAAUGUGAACCGGGAAAUAUGUUUGACGCGAGAACACAUACUUGCAAUCAUAAAAUGGCGGUUACAUGCUACACGGGAGUUUCCUGUCCAGACGACACGGGACUAUUCCCAUAUCCGAACGAUUGUUUCAAGUUUUUAAACUGUUUUCAAGGAAUGCCUUAUGUACAACCUUGCCCUUCAGGAUUAGCAUUUGACAAAAUCGUAAAAAGAUGUUUGUUACCAAUGCAUGCACUUUGUUGAUUGCUAUUGUUAAAAUAAAAUUAGGGGACUACAGUAGACAUCGUUAAAUUUUUUUCUCUCUUGUAAAAUCUUUCUAUAAAAAUGUGAAUUAUACACAAUAUAUAAAAUCAGUGUUUGUACUGUGUACACGUACACACAAAUAGUUUAGAAAACUCCGACUAAUUGCCGGCUAUGAACCUUGUUUGAAUAGUUCAAGUCAAAAGACGUUAUUUUUAUGUCCCUGUAAUGUCUUAUAUAUUUAAAUCAAAUUUCGAUUUUUUUGUGUUAUAAGAUAUAAAUUUACAAUCAAGUAUGGGCAAGUGAGGGAUAAAACUUUAUUUCAACAACAUUUUGUAAGGAAUUAAUGAGCAGGGACAUCUUAUUCGAAAAGUAAUUACAAUAGUAUCAGAUUUCAAAACCCACUUAUUGACUAACCUACCAUUUACUAGUGACAUACUAAUUCAUGAACCCUAUGUAUACUGGUUAAAAAAGUUGAGCACCAUAUGUUUUAAUUAAACAACUUUAAAGAAUGAAUUUCCAGAGUUUUAAUCUUUACAAUCGACUUUUCGACGAGAAAAAUGUACCUUGUGGUUUACUUUCUUGUAACAAUGAUGAGUGUUUAAAGUGUUGUUAGUUUUUAAAAUAUCUAAUAUAAAAUCUAAAACAUGUGUUGCUUAAUUUUUUUUACUCAUUAUAUAUAGACAUCGUUUUUUUACUGAGGUAUAUUUGGACAGGGUAAUGUCUACCUGGGAAUAAAAGAUGACACUACUAUAUUAUAAUAUAAGUAUUUAAACCUAUCAGAUUCCCCCUUUGUACAUUUUAUGCAUAUCCUAGUUGUUGUUAAAGUAUUUUGUUAAGACCAGUGUUUCAUACUUAAAGUAUUUGUUACUAAAAAAGAUAUCAUUAUUAUUACUAUAUAUAACGGCCAACUGCAAUUUACCACAAAAUAAGUGUAGUUUGAUUUUUCACCGAUGGCAUUGCAAUUAAAAAAAAAUAAGAGACGUAUGGACGAGAGAACAAACAUUUGCCUUUAACCAUGAACAAGUUUCUUCGAAGGAUUCAUUACAUAUACAUGUAGUAUCUACAGGACACAAAAUACGUAACACAUAUACAUGUAUAUCCUUCAUUGAUAAUCUUUUUUAAAUACAAAAUAUUUGAACACUAUAUAUUUGUUUGUCUCAUUGUUUAUUGAUAUGCUUUAAAUGCAUAAUGUAAAUAUUGUGUUUGUUCAAACAAUCCUUGUAAU